AUGGCUGCCGCUGCUGUUGCAACGCCUGGGGCCACUGUGCUGCCGUCAGGACCUGCUGCCGCUGCUGCACCGUUAGUUGUUGCGGGCUCGGCACCUGCCGGCAAGGGUCCUGCCAAUCUGUUGGACAUUGUCGGCGAGGCCAAUGUGGUAAACUACAUGAAGAAUCGCCUGCGGAAGGGCGCCAUGAAGCGCAAGGGUCAGGAGAUUGUGAACGGACAUCGGUUCGGGGUGCGCUUCUUCAAGCAGCCCACCUACUGUGGACACUGCAAGGACUUCAUCUGGGGCUUUGGCAAGCCGGGUUUUCAGUGCGAGGAGUGCCGCUUCAACAUACACCAAAAGUGCUGCAAGUUUGUGGUGUUCAAGUGCCCCGGCAAGGACACGGAUUUCGAUGCGGACUGUGCCAAAGUGAAGCACGGCUGGAUCUCCACCACCUACACCACGCCCACCUUCUGCGAUGAGUGCGGCAUGCUGCUGCACGGCGUGGCCCACCAGGGAGUCAAGUGCGAGAACUGCAACCUGAAUGUGCAUCAUGGGUGCCAGGAGAAGGUGCCACCCAUGUGCGGUGCGGACAUCAGCGAGGUGCGUGGCCGGCUGCUGCUCUACGUGGAGCUCAAGGGGAACAACCUCAAAGUGGACAUCAAGGAGGCGGCCAAUCUCAUUCCCAUGGACACCAAUGGCUUCAGCGAUCCGUACAUUGCGGUCCAAAUGCAUCCCGAUCGUUCGGGAAAGUCCAAAAAGAAGACCAAGACCAUCCAGAAGAACCUCAAUCCGGUCUUCAAUGAAACUUUUACUUUUGAGCUGCAGCCGCAGGAUCGCGAAAAGCGUCUGCUCAUCGAGGUGUGGGACUGGGAUCGCACCUCGCGCAACGACUUCAUGGGCUCCUUCUCGUUCAGCAUGGACGAACUGCAGAAGGAGCCCGUCGAUGGCUGGUACAAGUUCCUCUGCCAGGUGGAGGGCGAGCACUACAACAUUCCCUGUGUGGAUGCCAUCAAUGAUAUGGCACGUCUCAGCGAUGAAGUGAAGCACGAUCGUCGACCCAAUGAGAAGCGUCGCAUGGACAACAAGGACAUGCCCCAUAACAUGAGCAAGCGCGACAUGAUCCGCGCUGCCGACUUCAACUUUGUCAAGGUCAUUGGCAAGGGCUCCUUCGGCAAAGUGCUGCUGGCCGAGCGACGCGGCACCGACGAGCUGUACGCGGUGAAGGUGCUCCGCAAGGAUGUCAUCAUCCAGACGGACGACAUGGAGCUGCCCAUGAACGAGAAGCGCAUCCUCACCCUGUCCGGUCGUCCGCCCUUCCUGGUCUCCAUGCACUCCUGCUUCCAGACCAUGGACCGUCUGUUCUUCGUCAUGGAGUACUGCAAGGGCGGGGAUCUCAUGUACCACAUGCAGCAGUACGGCAGAUUCAAGGAGUCUGUGGCCAUUUUCUAUGCCGUGGAGAUAGCCAUUGCCUUUUUCUUUCUGCACGAACGUGACAUCAUCUAUCGUGAUCUGAAGCUGGACAACAUUCUGCUGGAUGCCGAGGGGCACGUGAAGCUGGUGGACUUUGGCCUGAGCAAGGCGGGCGUCACGGAGCGCGAGACAACGCGCACUUUUUGCGGCACGGCCAUGUACAUGGCACCGGAGAUUGUCAGCUCUGAGCCGUAUUCCAUAACCGCCGACUGGUGGGCGUACGGUGUGCUGCUCUUCGAGUUCAUGGCCGGCCAGUCGCCGUUCGAGGGAGACGAUGAGUCCACCGUCUUUCGAAACAUCAAAGAGAAGAAGGCCGUGUUCCCCAAGCACUUUACGCAGGAUGCCAUGGAUAUUAUAACCAGCUUCCUGGCCAAGAAGCCCAACAAUCGCUUGGGCGCUGGCAAAUAUGCCAGGCAGGAGAUAACCACGCAUCCUUUCUUCAACUGCAUCGAUUGGGAGAAGGCCGAGGCGGGUGAAAUGGAGCCGCCCAUUGUGCCCCGAAUUAAACAUCGCAAGGACAUUAGCAACUUUGAUGAGGCCUUUACCAAGGAGAAAACGGAUUUGACACCAACCGACAAGCUCUUCAUGAUGAAUCUGGACCAAAACGAUUUCAUUGGAUUCUCCUACAUGAAUCCCGAGUUUAUAACCAUACUCUGAAAGUUGUUCUAAAAAGCUUUUCAUGAAAGGAAGCAGGAUGUAACGGAUAAAUGCUGAAAGCUUAGACUCAACUAUGGAUAGCAGAUAGAAAUAAAGUUGAAGCUUGAGAGCUUACAGCAA